GAUGAGAGCCUGUCCCCGCUGGCAAAGAAGAAGAGGGUCCUGCCGUGCCAUCUGGUGCCCACUGCCUGCCGCAGCACUGAUGCCAAGGGGGCCCCUUUCUGGAAUCACCUGCUUCCCACUGCCAAGAGCUCUGCGGAUUGCACUGCGGUUGGGAGGAGGCUGAAGAGUGGGCUGCGCCUCAAAUCGCGACAUCUCCGGACCAGCCUCCGCAGGGGUACCAGGUCCUCCGCAGCACCCUGGGCCAACAGCACUGUCAGCCGCGCUCUGCUGGGCAACUUCGAGGAGUCCAUCCUGAAGGGGCGCUUUGCACCGUCGGGGAGGAUCGAGGGGUUCAUGGCGGAGAUUGGUGCCAGUGGCUCGUACUGCCCCCAGCACGUCACCCUGCCUGUUGACGUCACCUACUUCGACAUCUCUGAACACAGCGUGCCCUCACCUUUCCUGGGAGUGAUUGACUUGGAGGCCUUGGGAAAGAAGGGUUACAAUGUCCCCAAAGCUGGAACCAUCCAAGUGACCUUAUUUAACCCCAACAAGACUGUGGUGAAGAUGUUCUUGGUGACAUACGACUUCCAGGACAUGCCGGCCAACCACAUGACCGUCUUACGCCAUCGUAUCUCUGUGGGGGAGGAGGAGGGGGCCACCAUGGCCCCCAGCAACCCGCUGGGCACUGGCCCACCCCGCAGGGUCCUCUGCUACCUGAUGCACCUAAGGUUUCACAGCUCCAAGUCAGGGAAGAUCUACCUUCAUGACGACAUCCGGCUGCUUUUCUCUCGCAAGUCAAUCGAGGUCGAUUCGGGGAUCCCCUACGAACUGAAAUCCUUCACGGAGAUGCCGAGGAACCCCUGCUACUCGCCCCGGGCCUGA